UACUCAAGGAACUCCUUCGUCGAGCAUACCGGUCAAGUAUAUGUUCCGAAGUUCACCGCUAAGUUCCGAAUAGCGGUGAAAAGUGAUAUUCGAAGUGAAUUGUACGCAGUGACCAGCGGUGUGUCGAUGGUUUCAUUCUUUUUCGAACCCGAAUUACCUUUCGCGGUACCAGCAACGAGUCCCUCGGAAUCUCGUUCGAGUCGAAGGAUGACGCGUCCUAAAGCAGAAGCAAAUGUAAAUCACGCGAAUUGGUGACGUACGAGUAACUAACAGGACAAUCACGUGCUCUAAUCGGUCUCACGUGAUCGGCCAUCAGUGAAUCGAAAGGCCGCGCCGUGGUCGGUUAAUGGGACCGCUCGCGCUGGUUGCGUAACACAGUGAUCUGUCGAUCGAACCUUAGGAGGAACUUCUUCCUGUUGUCGACGUCGGUGCGUCUUCUUCUGUAAAUGUCACGUCGGUGUCGUUCCAGAACGCCGAAUCGUCACGAUGUACUAGAGAAGAGAAUUCGAGGCUAACGGACAUUUGGUUCGAACGAAGGAAGAAACAUGACCGCGUUCAACUUUAAGAAACUACUCAAGAACAGAGUUCCUGUUCUAAAAUGGCUACCCCUGUACAGAACAAACGACGCAUUGGGUGACCUAGUUGCUGGUCUGACGGUGGGCCUGACCUUGAUACCGCAGGCGAUCGCGUACGCCGGACUUGCUGGACUAACGCCUCAAUAUGGACUUUAUAGUGCGUUCGCGGGCAGUUUCGUUUACAUUGUUUUUGGAACAUGCCGAGAAGUCAAUAUUGGCCCAACCGCAUUGAUCUCGCUGCUGACGUACACUUACGCAAGAGGGAUUCCAGAGUAUGCAGUGCUCCUGUGCUUUUUGUCAGGAUGCGUAACGAUUAUCCUAGGAAUACUCCGGCUAGGAUUCCUAGUCGAAUUCGUGUCCAUGCCAGUGGUAUCCGGGUUCACGUCAGCGGCCAGUGUCAUUAUCGCCUGCAGUCAAAUUAAAAGUCUGCUAGGUCUGAGGAUCCACGGGGAAAGUUUCAUCGAGAUUUGGAAGGAGUUAGCCGUCAAUAUUGGCUGGACCAGGAUCCCUGACCUGAUUCUGUCUUGCGUCUGCAUUCUAGUUCUUCUGAUCCUGAAGAAACUGAAAGACGUCAAGGUCUCGAAUAACAUUUUAAAAAAAUCUAUCUGGUUCCUGGGAACCGGCAGGAACGCUCUCGUCGUGAUUAUAUGCGCAGUAGUUUCGUACAUCUAUGAGAACCGAGGCGGGGCACCGUUCAUCCUCACGGGGCACAUAGACGCUGGGCUACCGUCCGUUGAGCCACCAACAUUUUCCAAAACGGUUGGGAACAAUACGGAAACUUUUCUCGACAUGUGCAAGAACUUGGGUACCGGCAUCGUGAUCGUUCCCCUGAUAUCAAUAAUCGGGAACAUCGCUAUCGCCAAGGCGUUCUCCGGAGGCCAAUACCUCGACGCCACCCAAGAAAUGCUGACUUUGGGUUUGUGCAACGUGGUUGGAGCCUUUUUUCAUUCGAUGCCAGUCACUGGCUCCUUUUCGAGAAGCGCUGUGAACAACGCGUCCGGCGUAAGGACGCCUUUAGGCGGUAUUUACACAGGUAUUCUAGUCAUUCUCUCUCUAAGUUUACUCACGCCGUAUUUUUACUACAUCCCGAGAGCUACGCUCAGUUCCGUGAUAAUUAACGCGGUGGUGUUCAUGAUCGAGGUCAAGAUGAUACGGCCCAUCUGGAGAUGUAGCAAACGCGACCUGAUACCAACGUUCGCGACAUUCUUCGCGUGUUUGUUCGCUGGAGUCGAGUUGGGGAUUUUAAUAGGGGUGACGAUUGAUCUGGCUAUAUUAAUUUAUUUCAACGCCAGGCCGACAAUAUAUAUUGAAUACACAAAUACUCCUACGUCAAGUUAUACCCUCGUCCGGCCCAGUGCCGGGCUGCUGUUCCCAGCGGUGGAUUACCUGAGGAUAUACUUGAUAGAGCACUUGGAUAACGCUAACCCUAAGCUGCUGAAAACCUUCAAGAACUCGAAAAUCGUCGUUUUAGAUUGCAAGCACAUAGACAAAAUUGAUUUCACUGCGGCGCAUGGGCUGAACACAGUGAUCAGAGAAUUCAGAGAAAAAAAUCAUUGCUUAAUUAUGCUCCGGCCGUCCAAAGAGGUGUUGCAAAGCGUACAGUCCCUCUCCGAGGAAACAAUUAUGGUGGCCACUAAUGACGUCGAGCUCGUGGCUAUUUUGAAAGAAUUGAGUUCAUUCAAACGAACUCCGACUGUCACUAUGGAAAUUAUAAAUUUGAAAAGUGUGAAAACAACCGACGGCACAAGGGAUGAACUUACGAGCACGAAACUGUGACACAAUUGAUAAAUUUAACGGAAUUAGGAAAUCAAUCGAAGUUUGGAGAAUAUCGAAGAAUAAGAAGUCCUGCAAAUUCCUUUGCAUUUUUGUUGUUGUUAUCUUAUUUCAUUUUUUUUUUUCAGUACAUAUCGAAAAUCGAAUUAUAGGACUAUCAACGAUAUCGUAUAAAAUCGUAAUGAACAUUAACACCUAUUUACGAUGUGUGUAUGAAUUGAAUGAUAACUCGUACGUUUUGUAACUUUUUAUAAAGAUGUACCGAACUGACCAACAAUGAUGUAGUUCAUAAGAAAAUUAC